UCGAGCAGCUACUCUUUACUGACUUCACUCCCAACUGCACAACAGUCGCACAGUUAGCAUCAAGAGGCUACAACAGCAGAAAUAACCCCCAUCUACAGCCAUGGCAGACCCAAGAAUAAGGCAAAUUAAGAUUAAAACCGGCAUUGUCAAGAGGCUGGCCAAAGAGGAGACCUCGUACAUAAAUGAAGCCAAGCAACAGGAGCAGAAGAUCGAGCGCCUGAAAGCAGAAGCAGAGGAUGAUUAUGUCAUCAAGAAACAGAUUGAGGUCUUGCAGGAGUCCAGAAUGAUGAUCCCAGACUGCCGCCGCCGUCUGACCAUUGCACACGCAGAUCUGGUUCAGCUCCUAGAAACAGAAGAGGAUUUGGCUGAAGCAGAGGAGUACAAAGUGGCUAGAAACAUAUUGGACUCAGUGAAGCUUGAAGGAUGAUUUCUGAUCUGUUUCUGUUCUCACUGUGAGACUCACUUGCUUAAAUGUCCAUUCCUUUCGUCAGGCCUUGUUUGGAAAAGCGUGGAGGCAAAACUGAAUCGUUCGAAAGUCUCUGUUCUUGAUGUAAUUAUUUCUACUGUUUACAGUUAACGUGCCACCACAUUUGAUCAUGCUUCUCUCCUGUGUGUAAAAUCUCACAAGAAAUACGAUAAACAUUUACUUUAUUGCAAUAGAGAGGUAGAGAGUUUUUCUUAGCAUUUUAUUCAUCAUACUAACACACACACACAGUUUGGACUUAUACACAGGACUAAAAACACACUCUUGUUUGUCUUUUCCUCUACAAUAUUAAUUUUAAUGGUGUGUGCCCUCUGCUGAAAACCUGAGGUUUUAUGAAGUAACAAAUUCCCUUAAUUCAUUUUGCAUUCCUUUUAUAUGUAUCUGAAUAUGGAAGAUUUAAAAUGCCUGAUUAAAUUAAAGUGAAACAGUACAUACAUUGUUAUAUUUAUUUACUUUGCCAUAAUUAAAUGAAGGACUUUUUUGGUUUUUCAUGUUGACAUUUCUCAAAUCGUAACACAGAAAACAAAUUACAUGUAUGAGUCAUCCAACAGAGAGCAGCAUAGAGCUGUCAGUAUAAAGUGCUAAACAGAAGCGCUGUGAUUCGAGGUGCGAGGGAACUUUUUCUUUUUUUUGAGAUGGAGACGCACCGUUCAUUUGCAAAGUUGCGUCUAAUCGUGAAGACGGCGAUAAAUCCCCACAAACGGCCGACCUUUCCAUAGCCUUUGUUGCUAAGGUGAUUCCAAUUCGGGCUUGAACAUGUACGAAUAUAUGAGUAAUUUCCAUUUUAAGUGAAGAAUGAGAAGGAGAAAAAAAAAGACUUCUCGUUACCUCUGGAGACACUGGCCAAUCAGAACAAAGUGGGGUCAUCAAGAGGCGGGCCUUAAAGAGACAGGAGUGAGAACAGCCUGUUUCAGAUAGAGGCUUAACUGAGGGGCUGCAGAAAGUCAGUAUAAUAUAAAUAGAUCAUGCUAAGAUAUUUCCACUACAGUCCACUUAUAACACACAUUUGCAUUCCAUUAUGACAGUAAAUGCACAUAUAAAACGGAAAUAUAACUAUUUCAGUUUAUUUAACUUGUUUUAAUAUAGCCAUUAUAAAUCUUCCAUAUAUGAGUUGAUUAAGCAUGCUGGACGUUUAUUGGCUCUGACACUUCAGGAUAAUGUAUCCCAGAAUACUAACUGCAGCUUCAAAACAUUCUUUUUAAUUAUCUUUUAACAUUUUUUUGGGAUUAAUCAACCAUUUUAGUCUGUAAAAUGUCAGUUUUGUCUAAAUCCCAAAGAUAUGCAUUUUUUUUCUUUUACAACCACACAGAAUGAAGAAAAGCAGCAAAUCCUGAUUUGAAAAAGCUGGAACAAAUAAAUGAAGCUUUUUUUUCUUUUUUUUUUCUAGCUUGAAAAUUGACUUACACGAUCAAUUACCAGAAUGUCUUUCAAUCAUUAACUGAAUAAUCAACUAAUCAUUUCAGCACUAAUACUACUCGAUGGAUUUAAUUGCAGUGUAUAUUCACCUGCUUGUAUUUCUGCCACAGCAGUGAAAAUGGAUUGUGUCUUGAUACCUACAAUAAAAAGACAAGAGCA